UUUGCAUACUUAUUUGACAUGGCUUAGAGCAGCAGUGCUGUGCAGUCUUCCAAAACACUUUGGCUUUGUGCCUUUAAUUUUAUUGGAAACAAACUUUCUAGAAGCCACUCCCAGCUUUUAGACAGAGACUUGAAUAUCGGUCAUUUCAGCUGUGAGGAAACAAACAACAUGGGCAGUGACUUCACAGGCAAAGAUGUUUAUGAGGAGGAAUUUGAUCCUUGGAGUUAUUUAGAUACAUAUUAUAACCCAAUAUCAGGCCUUGUGACGAAGGAUGGUUUUUUGGAUUUUGCUUUAAAAAAACUUCAUGAGACAUUUACCAUGCAUGGAGUGAAGGGGGAAACACUUAUUGACGUUGGCCAUGGACCAUCAAUUUAUCAGGACCUUUCUGCAUGUGAAUCCUUCAGAGAGAUCAUUGGUGCUGACUACACUGACCGUAACCGGGAGUACUAUGAAAAAACACUGAGAAAUGAACCAGGAAUAUUUGACUGGACAAGUGUUAUACAAGCAGUCUGUGACCUGGAGGGAAAGGGUACAACAGUGGAAGAGAAGAGAGAAAAACUGAAAAAGACAGUGAAAAAAACUAUCAAAUGUGAUGUAACUAAAAGCAAUCCCGUGGCACCGCUGGUGUUGCCCAAAGCUGACUGUGUAAUGGCUAUUGCUUGUCUGGAAUCUGCCUGUAAAGAUCUGGAUAGUUAUUGUAAUGCCCUUAAUAACAUUUCAUCUUUGCUAAAAGUGGGGGGGUAUUUAAUAAUCUCUGAGGUUCUUAACUGUACCACUUACUUUUUAGGAGGCAAAAGGUUUUCUUGCCUAUCCUUAAAUGAGGAAUUUAUGAAAAGCGCUAUAACCAAUACCGGUUAUGCUAUAAUAGACCUGCAGGUUUUUCCCAGAAAGUAUGAUGAAGAGCAGUACAAUCUCUGUGAUUAUGACUCAACCAUAUUUAUUCUUGCAAGCAAACUGAGGGAUAUUUAGGUUGGAGAGGACGGUAUACAGUAUAUAACUGCUUAUGUCUAUUCUCUACCAAGGCUGAUUUCUUUAUAAUCAUAAAAAAGUCAUAAAAAAAUAUAAUAACAAUUCUGAACUCUAUUAAAUAAGAAUCAUUACUGCUCUAUUUAAAUUUCUCUAUGGGGCUGAUACAAGAAUGUUCAAAGUUCGUGCAUUCUUAAAUUGGCCCCUUUGCCAUUGUCACCUACUAAGAGUAAAAUUUUUUUUUUAACCUCUAUGCCCUUAAAUAGCAAUAGAUCUACUUUUCAAAGUACAAUAAUGGCACAUGGAAAAGUAGAUCCAAAGCAAGAAUGGCAAAUUAGAUAACAGCAAGAUAACUUCUAUCACUAUCAUUGAAUAAUUCUCUUGAUAAUUAUGUAGGUCUGCUUUGGAGAGCUAUGGUUACAGAAGAGUCCGUUUUAGAGAAGGCUUAUGUACUCGUUAAGUUUCCUAUUAAUUUUAUUUUAUUCUUUAACACAGAUUAAAGUAAUGAGGCAUUAUAUACCUGCGUUCAAAAUGAGCUUAAAAAAAAGUGUUUUCCUUUAAUAGUUUCAGUUUUUUGUUAUCUUUGUAUGAUUUGUAUCUUUGUUAUGUUUGUACUGAAGUAAGCAGAACUACAUGUUCAAAGUAACAGAACACAGUACAGGGUAGAAAAUCAUGUUUUGUCAUAAUUAAAAUUCAAAACAAUU